GGAAGCAGAUGGGAGUCAGCAGAACACGAUGGGAGGGCCUGCGCCAACAGUGCGUGCAGUUCGCGGGGACACUAAGAACCCAAUGCUGAAGUGGGAGAUGCAAAACAGUGUGGGCAGGCGAACGUUCGGCACAGGGUUUGGACAGUACUGUCAAGACGACAUGAGUUUCGGUAUCAUCAGCAAGGCGAAAGUCGUCAAUGGUGGUAGUUCGCCAACUUCUAACAAUACCAAAAACAGCGCAACGACUGGAGGAGCUUCUCCUACAUCAAUUAAAUCCCGGCUCAUGGAUGAGUUAUGUUCGUCCACGCUACCUGCGCGACCUAAUGCCUUACCCUGGAAAAUCUGGAAGCCGAUUAGCCAAGACACGCCACGCAAAGCACAAGCUUACGUCGACGCACAGAGUCCGAAGACAGGCUUGACGCAUAUCUUAGAAGGAAGGCCUGUAAAGAUCUCGCUUGCGCGGGAAGCUGGUCGUGGAGCAUCCACUACAGAGGCAACCGCACCAACCUCGGACAACAACAAGUUUGAACCUCUCAGCAACAUGCCCUCACCUCUGAUAGAUGAACAAUUCAUGGCCAUCCAUGAGGAAUUGGCCAGUCGCGACCGUGGACAUAACUCUAGAGCAUCGACGCUGGCGAAAAAUAUGCCAGGAACGAACGCAUCUGCGGGUACCUUGGUUCCAGCGCCAAAGAUUCAGAGGACCGACAGCGCAAGCAGUAGUGCUUCGACUGCUGCAAGUGCAAAUGUAGUUGCAGCUAGCACACCUCCUGGUGAACUACAAGGACAACGGCAUCUAGCUACUUCCAACUCAGUCUUCGAGAUCUUUCUCUCAGGCGACCAUUCAGAUCACCGCACUGGUGGCGCACAAUCGCGACCUCGACCGGGAACUUACAUUGCUGCACCCAUGUUGCAUUUGCGGGACCACGGAAUUCCGAAGUAUGAGGAAGGGAAAGGGAGCUCAGCACUGAUUCCAAAAGAUCCAAUUCCCCCAACUGCGGAAGGAAGUCCAGAGAUGCUGUCUAGAAAUCAGUCAUUGUAUGAAUGCUUGAUGCACCAACAAAAGUCGGUAGAUGAACACAGUGGAGGGGACGUACUCCAUCAACACAGCACCGCUACUAGCACGAUUUUUAGAAACAACACGUCUGUGACGCGAUCAUUGAGUCCACAAGGACUGCAAUAUCAGUUGUCACGUGGAGACAGUCGAGGACGAAGUCGGGGCCGAUCUACCAGAGCUUUCAGUGCGGAUCCAAGGAAGCGUUCCUUGAGUCCUCUCUUGACUCGCAUUGAAGAAUAUUACCGUUUCGCAAUCGGCACAAGCUACCGACAGGAAGACAUUUCUUCUCUUCCUCGC